AUGGCAGGCCCCCAACAAUCGUCCACUUCUCCUCGCCGGAAUCGUGGAUUCAGCGUCAAAUCCGAGAAUUCCCAUAAAACCAACACUUCCGGCCAUAAAUCCCAUCUCUCCGAGUCCUCUCAGGAGAAGGCCCGACGCAGUUUACAUACCAAGGCAGAUCCCACGGUCGCAAUGAAUGAAUUGCAGCCCAUGGCGGUUGCCCUGGAGAAGUCCAAUAUGGGCUCUCUGCGUGCAAUGGAGCAUAAGGAUCAAUAUGGCAAUCCUAUCACCGAUCCCGACUGGUCAAACCCCACCCGCCCACGUUUCGAGCGCCCGCUGGAUACUAUCCGCUCUUUCGAAGCAGCCAUCUACGGCACAUACACCAGUACGCGCCCGGUCUCGUACGCCCGCACAGAUGAUGCGGCCUCGCAAAUGGGCGACUACAGUCGUCGGACAAGUUACUAUGGAGGCCAACAACAUAAUGGCUACUCAACCCGCGGAUACGACCAGAACGGUUACGGACAUAAUGCCCAAUCCCGCCCAGACAGUAUGAUCGAUGCCUACGGCGGUUCCAGCCAGGCCCCCGAUAACUACUAUCCCUACAACCAAAGCGGCAACGGCAAAGGCAACGGCAAUGGCAACGGUCGGCGACCGCGCCAUAACCCGCGCAUGCCCUCGGACCAGGGCGGUUAUGCCAACGGCAAUGGCGGACAAUAUGCCAACCAGCAGUCCUACGACAAUGUCACCUCCGGCUCGGGCUCAGGCUACACCGAUUCAUACGGCCAAUCCACAGACCCGAGCAGUCUGAAUAGUUCCAUGGAUCAAUUGCAGCAGCAGGCUCUGCAGCAACAGCGACUCGACGAACGCGCCCAUGCCGAGUAUGGUUACGGCGGGAACCCGAAUAUAAAUGGUUAUGGAAAGAAUCUCCCCUCUGCGCCUGCGGCCGUCGCAGAUCCUGGAUGGAAUGGCGCGGCACCUGCUAAUGGCCAUCUGAGGAAGACUCCGACGGCGAAUGGCAAGGUGCAGGCGCAGGCACAGGCUAAUGGGGAGAAGAGGAAGAGUUGGUUUAAGAAGCGGUUUAGUAAGGGUUAG